AUCUUUCACUUUAUUGGAACAUACCAACUUUAUCACGGCAAGGUCAUCAUUAUAUAAUUGGAAUUAAUCUUGGAGUUCAACAAAAUCCGUUUCUAUCACAAAAUGUAGCAUCAAUUCAGAGCAAAGCAUUGUUUGAGCAGACGAUUCGAGAACGUAAUGCAUUAAUUAAUAGUUUAUUGAAAAACAAAAAUUUCAAAGAUGAAAGUCCGUUGAAACUCGUUACACAAUGUGCAGACGUAUAUGAACAUGAUUUUCGGAAUCGAAGUUUUUGUGUUGUUCCCAUCAAAAUAUCUGUCAAAAAUUGUUCAUGGAAUAGAAGGAUAGGAUAUACUUUGGAGAUGUUAUCGUCUGAUCGGAAUGAAGCCAGUAGGAGCACACUCCACAAAUCCGUAUACCCAACGGCAUUUCAAUGGACUGGACCUACAUCUAAAUAUUCCAUAUUGUCAGCGAACGAAGAACAGACCUAUAUUUUCAAAGCAUGUUUUGUUAGGCCUGGCGUUUAUGAUGUAAAUAGAUGGCGGUUAACGGUAAAUUUUGAUCAGAUUAUAACUGAUAAUGAAAGUAAAGAUGAAGGUUCACAAGAACAUUAUGCAACGAAUAUUCAUGAAGGUGGUGUUGGGACGAAAGGUUAUGUACAAAUGCCCAAUACUCUACAUCUUUUGACCCUGGUGGAUAGUUCAACUGACAAAAAGAACGAAGAUAGUUUACAACCGUAUAUAGAACAAUUACAAUAA